ACACGGACACGGCAUAGCAGCUGAUACUAUUAUCUUAAGCAAAAUCAGAAUUCGUAUUUUUGAUUCCGUACUUUCAACAUACUUUUAACAUAAUUAUAUGAAUUAUACCAUCUACAGACUACAAUCAAUUUAAUUGUAAAGACAUUUCGAAGAUCCGUGUAAAACUUUUUUCAUUUUAAACUACUAUCCGAUAGUAAAAAUUGAUUCACUUUUAUUUUAUAACUACAACGCAUUGUAUGAAUAAUUUUGGAAUCUUUUGUAUAACUAAGUUUGUUCUACUUGAUACCUGCAGAGUGCUGGCUUUGCUAUUAAUGUGUUUGACUUUUGAUGAGUGAGCACUAAAUACAAACAUAUCUUGUAUACAUUUUAUUGCUCUAAGCACUUACAUUUUUAUUGAUAUUAUUCACUUCAAAAUGUUGCCUUCCAAAGGUUAUUUUAAGGCUCUUGAAUGUCCCUAUUAUACUGGCUCCUUCUGCGAUCGACCAUAUUGUCACUUCAAGCAUAGUAGACAAGAUUUUUUGUCUGAUACAAAAUGUCAAAUGGUUGCUGAAACAGAAAACAAUUCUGUUGUCCCUACAUCUGAUAAACCAAAGUUGUCCGAAGAACCAACACUAAAGCAAAAGGUAAAGUCUAAAAUUAUUGAAUAUAUUCCUAAAUGUAUUAAGCCAAAGAAUCUUGAAUUGGGUGUCAAUUCAUCUACUUACGGAUCAACUAUUGAAAUAGGUAAAAAAGACAUUCCCAUACUUGAAUAUAUACCUUCGAGUGUCAAUGAUACAAAUUUAGAUUUUGGACUUAAACUUAGUAAUAAUGAAUUGAAUAAAAAAGAGCAAACAGAAUCAAUUAACUACACUGAAGGAAUUUCAACAACGUAUGAUAUUAAUACUAAUAGUACAAAACAGAAUACAGGUGUUUCAGAAUAUAUACCUUCUGUUAUUGAAAAACCUUCUGAUAAAACUAAUAAGACUGAAGAUAAAUAUCAUCACGAACAUAGAUCAUCUUCAAAACGUAAACACGAGUCUUCAAAAAAAUCUUCAAGUAGAUCUAAGAAACCUAAAAGAGAUAAAUCUCCAGAACAUAGAAAAGACAAAAACGACCGAGAUGAUGAGAAAAAAUAUGAAAAAAGACAUUCAAGAGAUAAAAAUAUUAAGAGUAUUAAUCUUGACAGUAUGAAUUCAUCUACCAUUCCUUCUGGAACAAAGUCAUUAAAAGAAGUAGUUAAAGAAAAAGUAAAAAAAAGAUUAGAUAAACCCGAUCCUAUAAAAUUAGAUACAGCCAGUUCCAGAGUUAGUUCAAGUGAUGAAGGAAAUGAUCCAUCAACUUCACUAAUUGAAUCAAGUUUGAACGAAUUUUUUGGUUCAGAAGAUUCUGAUAGUGAACAAAAAUCAUGUAAUGUGGUAACAGCUAAAGUAAAACAACGAAUAUCUCAUAUUUCUGCAACAAGCAUAUUUGCACAAAUUAAUGCAAAACCAGUUAUAAAGCCAAGAACAACAAAGUCACUUCAUGAAUUGGUAGCAAGCAGAGUAAAAUCUGUUCAAAAUAAUGUUUUUGGAAGUCAUCCAAGUGUCACUAAUAUAAAUACUAAUAUAAAUUUAAAUAGAGAUCCCAGUUUACCAUUAUUAAAGACUAAAACUCGCAUUGCUCAUCAGUCAAAAAUUGAACCAAGUACUAUAGAGACUCAAACACCAAACAAUCCAAGUAUAAACAAGAAAGAAAUAACUGCAAAUAUAAAAUUGAAUCUGAGAAUAAAAUCCUUUAAGAACAACAACAAUAUGCCAAAUCCCUUACGCCAAAGCUGUUUGGAAAAACUUUAUGCAGCUUUCAUUAACCAUUAUUCAUCCGAAGAAGCAAUUGAUAAAGCUCAUACAACUGAAGAAGAAGUUCACAGUAAAGCAAAAUCAUCUGGAAUUUAUAAAAACCUUAUAGUUCAAUCUUUAAUGAAAGCCAAUAAAACACCUCAAUUACAAGUUAAAAGUAAUCCAUAUUACCCUUCUCACAUGUAUGGUAUUUGUUUGUAUGAAUUAUUGAAGAAAUAUAUUCUAACUAAAGAUGAUUUGGAAAAAAAUGGUUUUCCACUAAUGGGUGAUAAUAAAUUGGCAUAUAUUUCCAAAAAUGCUCAUUACUACCGACCACUUUCUAAAAAACGCAAUGGUGAUAAAUUUGUAUGCAUGAAUUGUAAAAGUGAGUUUGAAGUUGAUAAACGUGGUAUGCCUACAGUUACAUUAACUAAAUGCAUUUUUCAUUCUGGCAAGCUAAAGUUUGAAAGAUCAAAAAAUGAAAAAUUUUGGAUAUGUUGUGAUCAAAGACAACAUGAAUCUGGUUGUGAAUCAAGUAUUUACCACAUGCCUGAUAAGUUUGAUGAAGAUGCCUUGGAAAAUUUUGUUGUGACUAAAAGUAAAAAAUCUGACAAAAAAGCAGAAACACCAAAUUUUUUUGCCCUAGAUUGUGAAAUGGUUAAUACUACAUUUGGUAUUGAAAUUGUUCGAGUCACAGUCAUCAAUCACGAAGGAGAAGUAGUGUAUGAAUCCAAAGUGAAACCUUUUAAUCCUAUACUUGAUUAUAAAUCUAAAUACAGUGGAAUUACUGAGGAAUCAUUAAGGAAUUGUUCAAAGAGAUUAUCUGAUGUUCAACAAGAUUUAUUGAAGAUGUUUGAUAAAGAUUCAAUUUUAAUUGGUCAUAGUUUGGACAGUGAUUUAAAAGCAUUGAAAAUGGUUCAUUAUAAUGUUGUAGAUACCAGUGUUAUAUAUCCCCAUAAAUAUGGUCCUCCGUAUAAGUGUGGCUUGAAGUUGUUGUCUGAACAGCAUUUACAAAGAAUUAUUCAAAGUGAGGAAGGUCAUGACAGCAAGGAAGAUGCUUUAGCUUCAUUGGAUUUAGUUUGGAAGAAAUUAAAAGAGGAUGUGAAGAAAUUCAAGCCAAUUAAUAUAAUUAGUAUAGAUAAAAGGUAGUUGAUGAAAUUAACUAAAUUUGUUCAUAUAAUGCAUUAGACAUUAAAUGUGGCCUUACAAAUAAUAUGAUCUCAAUAUAAUUUAUUUUUAUAUUAAAAUGUAUAAUACAUUU